AGUAGCCGUUGACGGCUCGUUCGGCGUUAGACCGAUUCAAGGAUCACAUUUUUCUUUUCCCCUUUUCAUUUAUUUUUUGUGAAAAAGGAAAAGAAGUGCAAGUAAGGCGAACACCCUCUUUGUCUAAACCACAGUCGUGUCCGUGUUGAAUCUCAGGGCUCACCAUACUCGAUGAGCGGACAGCGCAAUGUCAGAGCGCUCUGGGCAAACUGCAAAGGGGAAGGAAGGCAAAACCAAGUAUGCGUCUCUCAACCUGUUUGAUACAUACAAAGGAAAGAGCCUUGAAACACAAAAGCCUGUUGUUCCCCCCCGCCAUGGCCUGCAGUCUCUUGGUAAAGUUGCCUCCGCACGGCGUAUGCCACCCCCUGCCAACCUGCCCAGUCUGAAGGCAGAGAACAAAGGCAACGACCCUAACGUCUCGCUCGUUCCCAAAGACGGCACAGGAUGGGCAAGCAAACAGGAACAAGCAGACCCAAAGAGUACCGAUGCGUCGCCAGCACCGCAGCCGGAAUCGCAGCAGCCUGUGGCUUCACAGACACCUGCACCGACCCGCCCGAGAACCCCACCAGCUUCAGAGGCUCUGGCCCCAGCUUCAACCCAGGCCGUAGGGGCAAGGUCCUGGGCACAGGCCAGUGUUACACAUGGAACACAAGGGGAUGGUGGAAAGGGAUCAAACCUACAGUCGCCAUUCUCUCGCGAGGAAUUUCCCACCCUGCAGGCGGCUGGCGACCAGGACAGAGCUGGCAAAGAACAGGGCACUGCAGAUCAGUGGUAUGGGCCCGGACCAAGCCUCCGCCCCCAGAACGUUACAAGUUGGCGGGACGGUGGGGGCCGAGCUCUGGCACCCACCAUGGCAGGGGAGGGCGCAGUGGAGGGUGGCAACGGUGGGGCUUUGGUGAUGGAUGGGGCAGCUGGGGUCCCCCUUCUGAACUCCCAGACCCACGGGCCACCUAGGAAUCCUCCUGCUGGCAGCCCCGCCUUGCCUCUGCCCCAGCCCCCUGUGGGACCUGGGUUCCCUCAGUACCGGGGGAUCAUGCCUCCUUUCAUGUAUCCUCCGUACCUGCCCUUCCCCGGCCCCUAUGGCCCUCAGGGGCCCUACAGGUUCCCGCCACCUGGGGAAGGGCCUGCUUCCAGGUUCUCUCGUGGGCAAGGUAGUCCUGACAGCAGGCCUCAGGGUGGCCCACGUGACAAUGGUGGAGAGGUGGUGAAGCGACCCUCCAUCUUAAAGCAGGAUGACCUGAAGGAGCUUGAUGAGCUGGACCAUGAUAAUGAUGAGGGCUGGGCAGGGGCUCAUGAGGAGAUUGAUUACUCUGCUAAGUUGAAGUUCAGUGAUGAUGAAGGAGAAGAGGAGGCAGAAGAGGAAACCGCUGAGAAUGACUCGUGUGAGCAGCCGAAGUCGCAGGAUGCCCCUCCUGCAACCUCUCAUUCUCGAGCCUCAGACAGCAGUGGAGAUGCCUGCCGCACCCCUCCUGCUAAUGCAGACAAUGGCCCCCAACCUCCCUCUAGCAAGCCAGGAUGGGCCGAGGAGGGAGGUAGUGGCUGGGGAGGCCAGGGAGCAUCCACUAACUACCAGGACCGGCCCCACAACCAGGGUGCGCCUCUAGGCCCCGGGAAACCUAGCGCAACCCAGCAGCAGUCUGCAGCAGGAGGUCCCACCGUUCAUCCCCAGCCAGGUGUCCUUGUGCAUGGGGCCCAGGGUGAUGAUGAGGAUGAAUCUUGGCGUCAGCGCAGGAAGCAGUCCUCCUCUGAGAUCUCUGUCGCUGUGGAGCGAGCACGUCGCCGCCGUGAAGAGGAAGAACGUAGGAUGGAAGAGGAGCGGCGUGCAGCCUGUGCCGAGAAGCUAAAGAGGCUGGAUGAGAAGCAGCUUCAACAGCAAGGCAGCAGCAGUACAGGAGUUGCUGUGUGCAGUAGUAAAACCCCCAGCCUUGAUGGUAACUCCACUGCGGUGCCAGCAGGCAGCCCAAGCCCAUCUAUUUCAGCAUCUACAUCCUCUCCCAACAUCAGCCAGCCCUCAUCUCCUUGUGUAGACCCAGAGGAGCCUCCAGUGCUGGCUGUUCAGCCAGGGCCCAGUCCUGGGGUUGGCGACAGACAGCGAGCCAGCAGUAACAGCAGCUAUGACUCCAACGCAGAUAUCCAACAGUGUCCCCAGCCAGCUGUGUCACAGCCACAGCAGCUCACACUGGAUGUACCUUUACCUGUAGAGACUAAGGAAGAAACCAUGGGUGGUUCACACAUGCGUGCAGGCAGUGGAGCUGAAAGAGGAAUUGACGCGGCCAAGAUUGAGAAUAUCGGAGGAGCAGCAGUUCGUCAAGCUGGUGGUCCUUCUGGCCAGGGAUACUCAAAAUACCAGAAGUCUCUUCCGCCACGAUUCCAGCGGCAGCAGCAGGAGCAGCUUCUGAAGCAGCAGCAGCAGUGGCAGCAGCAACAGCAACAGCAACAGCAGCAGCAGCAGCAACAACAACAACAGCAGCAGCAGCAGCAGCAGCAGCAGCAGCAACAACAGCAGCAGCAGCAGCAGCAGCAGCACAGCCAGGCAUCACAAAGUCAACUGUCCCCUCAGCCACAGCCUCCACAGGGACCUUCACCAGGUUCAACACCUCAGCCAGGACCUGGACCCAAGCAGGCGGGACCCAUGUAUCAACCCGGCAAUAUGGUUCGACCCCCACCCUUGCAAAUGAAUUUCGACCCCCGCUGGAUGAUGAUGCCCUACAUGGACCCACGCAUGAUGCAAGGCCGCCCUCCACCCAUGGAAUACUAUUCAGCUGGCAUGCACCCAACUGGGCUCAUGGGGCGUGAGCGUUCUGAUUCAGGGGGAUCAGGUUCGGACCCAUUUGACAGGCAACAGCAUCCAGGGCAUCCUCACCGUGGGACCCCCCCUAUUGAUCCUAAAGUGGCCUGGGGGCCAGAGGUAUUCCCUGGUGGAGGGGAGAGUCGUGGGCUAACCUCCCCACUAAGGCAGAAACAGGCAUUGGAGGAGGAAGAUGUGGCCAAAGGGCCUAGGAGUGACACCCCUCCACACCGCAUGCGGGAAGGUGGAUUGGGACCCAUUCAGCAGCCCAGCUCCAGCUCUGGGACAACCAACCAGACCCCUCCUCCUGUCAGCACUCAAGUGGGCGUUCAAGGAGGCGGCCACCAUCCUCAUCAUUACAUGGGGGGACGGGGCAACUACAGCAACUUCCCUGACCAGGGUGUUAGGGUGCCUUCCCAUCAGCAGCAGCAGAGGGUGGGUGAAAGGGGAAACCAGCCUCAUGGCUUCACCCACCAGGAUGAAGGGCCUCCUCGAGGAUCUCAACAGGGCCAGAUAUGGGGAACCCCUCACCCACACUAUGAUAGAAAUGGUCGUGCAGACCAUCCUCCUGUUGAGAACUCUCACCUUCAUCACCCUCAGCAGCCUCACUUCCCUCUCCACCCACAUAAACCAGAGAAUAACCGUGAAAGGGUCGUUGAGAGCACUAACAAGAAGGCCGCCUCCUCGCCCCCUCUCCACCAACCAUCCCUUUCAUCUUCUUGCUCUUCAUCCUCAUCCUCUUCUUCUGCAAGGGAAGAUGGGAGUGUCAAAGUUGCCCAGCAUCAUCAUCAUCCAUCUCAGAGAGAGGGUGAGGCUGGUAGUGGGCACAGUGUUGGCGAAAGAAGUAACAGUGGUAAUGCUGUCAGAACUGGCCAUGUGAAACAGGAGAAACAAGGCCCAACAUAUGCUUCUCAUUCCUCAGCAACCUCCUGUCCACCUCCUACUCAACAUGGCAGCCAUACUCCACAUCAGCAGCAGCAGCAUCCCCACCCUAGAUCAAACCAAAGAGGGGGGCGGGAGCACAAGACGGAAACCCAGUGGGGCCCUCGUCCUGGCAGCAGCAAUAUGGGAGGGGGUUCCUCCCAUGGCAGGAGGGCCAACAAUGCUGGAGGUGGGAACAACUGCCGUGGAGGAGAGGAUUCCUCCAACAUUCCAUCAGACCACAAAUCCUCCACCCAGACCGGUGGCAGCAAUGCCAACAAGAGGGCUGGCCCCAUCAAGAAGCCAGUGCUGAAGGACAUGAAGAGAGAGGGAGGUGAGAUUGAAGGAGAUAAAACAAACCCAGGCUUUGGGAAAGAGAAAGAACAUGAUGGGGGACAACUGGUCUCCAUAAAGCAGGAAUCCUCUUCCAACCCCCAGAACACAAUGGCUCCAUCUAAAGAUGAGCCCGCCCAGACAGCUAAAUCCAGGAAUGGCGGAAAAGAUCGAUCCUCAGGAGGUGGUGGGGGAGGGUCAGGUAGAGGCCCAAAAGAUGUGGACCCCAAUUCCUCAGGUUUUUCUGGGUCGUCCUCAAGAAGGGACAGAGACCGUUCCUUUGAAAGAGGAGGCAGCUCCUCCCACCAUCAUGGAGUUUCUGCUAAAGGUGGCAGAGGCAGUCGUGGACGAGGGGGAGAGUUCUAUGGGCGUGGACGUGGUUACCGUGGCACCUACACAGCCAGUGCUGGGCCUGCUGGUAGCAGUCGAGGCAGAAUGGGUGGCAGAAGUGGCAGAGAUUACCGUUCAUCUGUUGGUGGUGGCCAAAAUCAGGACUCCAAAGGUGAGGGGACUGGUGGCAGGCAUGGUCAGGAUCGGUCACAGCAUAACCCAGCCAGGGCCAGGAACCGAAGUGAAACUCGUAGCGAGGGUUCAGAGUAUGAGGAAAUCCCCAAGAGGCGGAGGGAGAGGGGUUCAGAGACUGGCAGUGAAAGUGGUGCAAGUGACCUUGGUCACUCAGACAAGGAAGACCACCAGAAAACCAGUACCAAGAAUGGACCUGAUAAUGCCAACACCACUGGCAGUGGAACCAUGUCAUCUGCCCCACCGAGAGGUUCUCAGGCCCGGGUGUUCACCCCUAGAGGUGUACCCUCAAGGAGGGGCAGAGGUGGAGGUAGUGGAGGAGGAAAUGUCUCCAGAAGUAGUGGCAAUUUUGGAGGAACUCCUGGGGGACACAGAGUUGGACAUGGCCCAGGCUCUCAUGGUGGUUCAUCCAAGUCAUCAGCUUCAACUAGGAAACAGCAAGGCCCACCACAAACCUCUGGUCACAAAGACCUGGGCCGAGGAGGAAAUGGAGAAAAGGACAAGAUUCCUAAUGCAGGUCAAACUCAAAUUCAGGGGACCAAUCCCCCUCUGCCAUCGUUGCCUGCUGCAAGUCCUGCCACUCUAGGUUCCACUGAAAACGGAGGGGUUGUGACUCAGCAAGCUCCAGCCAGCCCCUUGUCAAACUCUGGAGGGCAGAAUACACUCCCUCUUCCUGCUAACCGUGGAUUCCCCCCAAGUGGGUUUGAGCGACCUCCUAGACGUCGCCGUCACGGGCGUUCUCAGCAUCAGCAGGACAAGCCACCCCGCUUCCGAAGACUGAAGGAGCGAGAGAAUGCUGCACGAAUCAAUGGAGGAGUGGGGGUUAUCGGUGGUGGAAGGACCUCCUCUCCUUCCUUGAAUUCAGUUCAGGACAGUAAUGGAGCCCCUGCUCCCAUCACAGGCAAUUCCCAAAAUGCAAACCACAAAGCUGCUCUCCCUACCAACAACAGUGGUGGAGGGCAUCUUGGUAAUGUAAACAGUCACCACCAUCACCACUACAACCAGGCAAAUGCUGGUGCCACCCACCCCCAGCAUCACCACAGCCAUGGUGCGAAGUCCCCCGACUUCACCAACCAGAAUUCAGACCAGGCCAAUGAGGAGUGGGAGACCGCCUCUGAGAGCAGCGACUUCACAGAGUUCAGAGACAGGGAAGGAGGAGGUGGAGGAGGAGGAGGAGGUGUUGUUAUUGGUAGUGGUGGAGGAGGAGGAGGAGGAGGGGGGAAGUCGUAUCCAUCUCACCAUCACCACCACAUGGGAAGAGGAGGAGGAGGAGGAGGAGGAGGAGGCGGCGGCGGUGGUGGAGGAGUUGUGGUCGAGCGGGAGAUGACUGGAAAAGAGCCCUUGAUGAAUAAGAGAAGUUUCUCAAGUCAGCGUCCUGGCAUGGAGCGACAGAAUCGGAGGGUCAACACUGGAGGAGGAGGAGGAGGAGGAGGGGGAGGCCGAGGCCCACGCGGUCCACCUGGCGGUGGUUCAGGUGGGCCUGGCAACGGAGGCGGCAACCGUGGGGAGAAGCGUGGCAACUGUUCUCCGAAAAAUAGGAAAUGACAAAAUAAAUAACAUUUCAGAUGUACCCCACCCUCAUUAAGACCCCACCAUCUUACAUUGUUAUCCCUUUUGAUCAUUGUUUCAUGACUCACUGUUAGCAUCUCUUAACACUUUAGUGCAUUGUACAGUACAUGGAGAUGGUAUUCACUUUCACCUUAGCUGACCUCACCUCAGUCACCUCUCUCCUUUCGCAUCAGUCAGCUGAUUGACCGUCCGUUAUUGUAAAUUUCCCCAUUGGCUCCAUUUUGCUUUCCAUUCACUUCUCGCCCAGCUUACCCUUUUUACCCUGCCCUUGACCCCAGUCGGAUUUGGUAAGCAUGACGUUCUAAAAUGGAGGUGCAUGUCGUUUUGACAGAAGACAUUCACGCAGAUCUUCACACACUCGAGCACAAAUAUGACAUCUUUAAAAAAAAAAAAAAAAAAAAAAAAAAAAAACAUGGAACACAUACAGGUCCUGUUGGUGUGAUAAAGAAAAUCUGGGUUUAAAUUGGCAAAAAAUGUUUGGAUUGGGCUAACUUUUAUAUUUAUGGUCCUGUGUGUAUUUAUACCACACUUUGGGCUUGGGUCGUAUUCAGUAGUACAGUUGUGCAUUACUUCCCUUCAAACGGAAAGAGUGCAGAUUCAACUUUUAACAAGAACAAUGUAUCAUAAGAGGUUUUGUUUCUCUGUUUUUUCUUUGGCCUCAUGUCAGUCGAGCUGCGACCUCUGGCAAAUGGCAGAGGUGUGUGUUUGUGUGUUUUGUCUUCAGCGAAGCAGGUCAUUAAAAUACCUUUUUACUAAAUUUCCAAAUCCCUCUUUGGGGCAAUUUUUUGGAGUCCUGCAACGUCUUGUCUGAUUACUGUGAUAAGACCCAGUGAAGUACUAUUGCUCAGUGCUCACCUACACUCGUACUGAUUUGUCUUUAAUAUAAAUGUCUUUGCUGUACACAGAUUGACAGUGUGAUUUUUUUUUUCUCCCAGAGAUGUUGACCUGCUCUUACAUUUCAUUAUUUCUUAUUGGGUGUUCUUUUGUUUUUUUUCUGGGCCUUGUCGUAGCAUCCUCCUUGGCUGCAGAAUCCCUGCAUAGUGCAAAAAUCCCAAGUUUCCCAAGGACAGUAGUUUUACACUCAUGUGUUUUGUUUACCCCAUGAAGACUAUUAAUAGUGUGAUGGCUUUAUUUUAACAACCAUUAUUUCCUCAGUAAUUUACAUUUUCUUCUCUCUCAAGGUGAAAUACAAUUUUAAUCUUGUAGGGGGGGGAAACAUGUUUAAUGGAAAUGUUGGUCAUGAUAGAAUAAAGAAAAAACUUAUGACUUUAAUACAAAUUUAUGCUUCAGUAGAUUAUUGACAUGUUCAAAGAAGCACUUCCUAGUGAAACAAAAGUCCAUGUUUGCUGUUUUUUUGUUUGUCUUUUCUUUUUUUGUGUUAAUGUUACUUGGGGCAAGUUACUUGUGAUGCAACAAGACAGGUACUCUGUCUGGGCCCAGAGUACAAAGCUAAACUGAGUAUUGUACUUUUACAUCCCCCGCUGCUUGUGCCGCGACACACUCUCUGUGCUUUAGUGGAGACUCCUCACACCAAGCAGGACUACGACCAGGAGCUCCCUUGUUGGAGGAGACAUUUUUCAAAGCGUGUGUGUGUGUGUGUGUUUUCUCGGGAAGGCUGUGUCAGUACACGGUGGCAAACCAGUAGCUCAGACGAAUUGAAAUCAGGACAAUGCAGAAGCGGGUGACAGUGACUCCGUGCAUCACCCUCUGCAGGUCACCGCAGUUUUUUUUUUUCAACAACGAAUGCAGACCUGGUGUCGAGGAAGUGUUUAUGUGGGUUACUCUUGUAAACUUAGUGUGUGUCACACGUAAAUGGCAAAAUGACCAGAGGCGACACCCAAGGUGAACAAACCAUCACUCAUCUCUAUCACCUCUGUCACUGCUGUAAGUUGGGGUUUGUUUGUUUACUGACAACAGUUUCGAGAUCGUCUCUGGGAUGUUGUGUGUUGGGCAUUCGAUGACUUGUGUGCGUGCGUGCGCUUGUGUGUGUGUGUGUGUAUUGGGUGGCAUGUGUGCAUUUUCCAGUGUCUGUAUUUGCUCGGGAAGGGGCGGGGGACCAGAAGGGUUAGCACUUUCUGCCUUGUUUGCCCCCCCCGCCCCCCUCCCCUGCUUUGAUUUAACUAAUAUAAUUAUGAUAGUUCAACUGUUUUCUUAAAUACAUCCACAUAUAUACAUUCAGCUGUGUGUAUAUGCUCAUCAUCCCAAUGAAGGACAUGCAGUAGAGGAGUUAACCAGUCUUUUUGUAGAACUGAAGCACAUUCUUCAGCAGGCAAAUGAAGUUGGACAUAUUUUUAUUUUUCACUAUGACUUCUAAGCAUGUACACACACACACACCCUUGGGUGCAGCUUGCCUUGCCUGUUACUGGUUUAUACAUUGAUAGCUGUACACUUAACACUGGCUCAAAGAGUCCUUCAUCCCUCCUUAACUCUUAAUGUUGAUGUGCGCAUUAUUGUUAUGUACCCAUGUUAAAAAUAAAAACAAUAGUGUAUUCCAGAAAAAAUGAAAAAAAAAACGAAAAAACAACUCAAAGAUUGUACUUUGUUUCCAGCAUUACCGAGGUACCUGGAGUGGUUCAAACUGUUUUUAGCAUUUAUGUUUUUAUUAAUGGAACUGUAAUAUACACACAUGUAUGUAUAUUGGUAUGUAUCUAAGUUUGUCUACCCCAACUUACAUUCCCACAAACAAAUGUUGCCAUUUUUAGUUCAUGGGAGCAAUGUACAAGCAGAGAAGUGUCUUAUAAUAAAGUUAUACAGAGAAGGCAAAGUUAAAUAAACUACUUUUGAUUUAAUGGAAAA